AUGUGCGCGGCACAUGCCAUAGGUGAAAUCACGUUUAAAAUCUCUCGUAAUAUUAAGUUUGUGCCUUCCGACGCCGACUCACUCGUCAAUACCAGUUUCGACCAGUCAAUGGACACGCUAAAGCGGGACGCCUGGUUUACAUUGAUGUCUGAUAACAACCAUAACCUCACUCUUCGCUCAAUCCUCGACAAAGAUAAGUUGAACGGGUCUAACUUCUUAGACUGGCAAACAAACCUCGUUAUUGUUCUUCAACUCGAGAAGAAAGAAUGCGUGCUCAAACGAGCCAUCCCACCUGUCCCGGCCGCCAAUGCUUGUAGAGCUAUCAAAGAUACUUAUGAGAAGCACGUUGAUGAUGACAAUCAGGUGGCAUGUCUCAUGUUGGCUAUGAUGACUUCUGACCUUCAGGAACAUCACGAGAGUAUGAAGGCGUACGAUAUGAUCAUACACCUAAGACAGCUCUACCAAGGACAAGCUAGGCCUGAGAGAUUCCAAAUCUCCAAAGCUCUCUUUAGUUGCAAGUUGUCAGUUGGAAACCCCGUUGCAAGAUGAUUGGCUACAUCCAAACUCUUGAGAAAUUGGGUUUCGAACUAGAGACUGAACUUGCAACUGAUCUG